GGGACAGGUUGUAGUUCCUAUAUAGUGUUGUGGUCUGUGAGCCGACCACAGUACACGCCGCAAUGGAUCGCUUCACGCACCUCUUCUGUCUCCUCGGUGUUGUUAUGGGGGGCUACGAGCCUACCUGGGACUCCCUGGACACUCGGCCACUGCCUCCCUGGUAUGACGGAGCCAAGAUCGGCAUCUUUCUCCACUGGGGCGUCUUCUCUGUUCCUUCCUUCGGCUCAGAGUGGUUCUGGUAUAGUUGGAAAGGAGCUCACAAUAGAGAUUAUGUGGAGUUCAUGAAGAACAACUACCCGCCCAACUUCACGUACCAGGACUUCGCUCCCCAGUUCACGGCGGAGUUCUACGAGCCCGAGAAGUGGGCGAAUAUUUUCGAAGCCUCGGGGGCCCGCUACGUGGUCCUCACCAGCAAGCACCACGAAGGCUUCACCAACUGGCCCUCUCGCUACUCCUGGAACUGGAACGCCAUGGAUGUCGGGCCCAAGAGGGAUUUAGUAGGUGAUCUGGCCAAAGCCAUCAGGACCAAGACUCCGAACAUCCACUUCGGCUUGUAUCACUCCCUGCUUGAGUGGUUCAACCCACUCUACCUUCAGGAUAAGUCCAAGAAGUUUCAGACCAACAAUUUCGUGAUUGAAAAGACCAUUCCAGAGCUUUAUGAGUUGGUGAACACCUACCAGCCGGAGGUGAUCUGGUCAGAUGGUGACUGGGAGAUUGAAGACUGGUACUGGAACUCCACCAAGUUCCUGGCGUGGCUCUUCAACGACUCCCCCGUCAAGGACACCGUCGUGGUCAACGACAGAUGGGGAAGAGGAAUUCGGUGUCAUCACGGCUCCUUCUAUAACUGCGACGAUCACUACAACCCGGGAGUCCUUCAGCCUCACAAGUGGGAGAACUGCAUGACUCUGGACCGAGGCUCUUGGGGCUACCGACGCAACGCACCAGUAGUAGCCUAUCGCACCAUCCACGACGUCAUCACAGAGCUCGCACAGACCAUCAGCUGCGGUGGCAACAUAUUAAUCAACGCGGGACCUACACACGACGGCCGCAUCCCACCCAUCAUGGAGGAGAGACUGAGGCAACUGGGCUCCUGGCUUGAUAUCAAUGGUGAUGCCGUGUAUGAUUCAACUCCGUGGACACACCAGAACGACAGUGUCACUCCUGGAAUAUGGUUCACCAGUAAGGGGGAGACGGUGUACGCCCUGGUGCUGUCGUGGCCCCGAGGUAACCUACUGACUUUGGGCUCCGUCCUUCCCACACCAGAGACUAGCAUCUCCAUCCUUGGCUACCAUGACAACGACAUUAGACGCAGCCUCCAGUUCAAGUUUGUAAAGAAAGGGAUGCAAGUGGUGUUUCCGCCCAUGUCUGACGUGAACAGCCAGUGGGCGUGGGUGUUGGCCAUGUCAAAGGUGAAGCCUGUCAAGCAGACCUUUCCCCCGCCAACUGUCAUGUCCUGGCUCACCGCCCCUUAAGGCUCUCCCUAAGGAGAUCCAACAGAACCACAACAGGUUCAUCCCCAACUCCACUCCAGUUAAACUACUGCAACAAAACUACAAAGUCUAAAUUCCUUUAUCUGCCCAAUUACUACCCUCAUUUCCCAGACUUACAUUCUCCAUAACUACAACUCCCGUUCUCUCCACUGUUUACUCUGUGAUAUAUCCUCUGUUAGGUUCCAGAAAACUCUUUACAAAAAUAAAUGUUAUCACCCAAGAGUAAUUUUUCCCUAUGUAGAUUAAUUAAAUUUUUCUGAGCACCAAACUAGUUGUCUUUUCGUUAGCACCAUUCUGUGUUGCUGGUUUAUUGUGCUUAAUACUUUUUUUCUGUAAUAGAAUUAUGUAAUGCAAAAUCAAGUCAACAUUUAAACGUAAUUUUUGCGAUAUUUCUCUGGAAAUAAUUCAUAAGUUUCCAGCAGCACCAGCGUCAGUAGUUUAUCAACGACGAAGUCAAUCGCAAAAUUACUUGAUCAUGUUAAAAUUAAAUUAAAUAUGUAUGUAU